AUGAACCUGAUGCGGUCGGAGCGCGAGCGGCGCGUCAACCUGCUGUGGGCGCGCUGCCACGGCACCGUGGCCGACUACCGCCAGCGCACCGCACCGCGCCGCAAGGAGCACGACCGCCUGCAGCGCCUCGACAGCGACACGGGCGACGAACGCCUCGCCGACCUCUACGAAGAACUACACGACCUGCAGUUGCAACUGCAAGAAGUCCGCCAGUACCAGUCAGAUCGGCUUGGUGUGUUACGAAAGGAAAGGGACAACUAUGGAACAUUGUACACAACCCUUAUGAAUGACAAGGAGGCGGGCACCCUAACUGACAAAAAGCAAGCUAUGCACCUCGCUGUAUGUUGUGCAGCCACCACCAAGAGACUGCAACAGUUGCAAAAGAAGGCAGAACUUAUUCUGGAGUUGACAACUCUUUGCCGCAAAUAUGAGCUGCAAGAGGAGAAAGUGGUACCAUUUCAAAAAUCUUCAGUAGAAGUUCCAGAUGCUACAGGACAAGAGAUGCAAAGGGCUAUGAUAAUGGAGCAGUUACAGGGGACGAGUGACACUCUUACUCUGAUGGAUCAUUUCUGGCAAAAAGUUGCAAAGGUGCAAAUGCGUCAUACAGAGCUACAGCUGGUCCACAAUCAACUCCAGGAAGAGAACAGAGAACUGAGACAAGCACUGUGCAAUUAUCUUCAAGAACUUGCUCCUCACAAGGAAUUUCAGAACCAAGAAACUGAUACCCUACUGACAACAGCACAACAACAUCUGGCUGCAAAAGCUGCAUCGGCUGCACAACCACAACCGACCAACCAGCCCACCCAACAAGUGCCACUGACCAUCAUACCGUCAUUAGGGCAAUUUAAGGAAACAGAAGAGGAAUGGAUUGAAUACUUGACUCAGUUCCAAGAACAUUGUCAUGUUCAUCAUGUUCAAGAAAGGAAGGAACCCCAUGUAAAGCUGUAGCAAGAGAAGAGAGAAAAAAAUGCUGGACGCUAAGGAUUGAAGAAAUGUGUACUCUUGUCUUUAGUGUCUUUAUGUGUCCUAUAUUUAAUUUUAUGUCACACAAAAGAGAAAGUUAAUAGCUAAUAGGCAAUAAAGAUUCAAAUUUUCUGAAGA